AUGGGCUCCACAAACUUCGACCAGCGACUCAUGUGCCGCGUUGUCGAUGAGUUGGCUGAAAGUAAACCGGAACAACUCUUCUGCGUGCAACCCAUUUCCUCCGAUUUAUCCCAAGGUUGGCGCAAUGUAUCCAUGAGGGAUCUCGCCGGCGCCGUGGAUUACACCGCCCGAUGGAUUGAGAUGGCGAUGGGAAAGGGCUUUGACUUCCAGCCGCUAGCUUAUAUUGGAGCCAAUGACAUCCGCUAUGUGGUUUUCUAUUUGGCUUGCAUGAAGACUGGCUAUGCGGCGUUGUUGCCUUCUACAAGAAAUUCAAUCGUGGCCACAUCGCAUGUUCUUGGCGCCACCGAAUGUUCAAAGGUUGUUUACAGUGCUGAGAGACACAAAAUUGCGGAAGAAAUAGGGGAUAGUGUACAAAACGUCCGAUUGUACGAGAUACCCAGCCUCUGGGAAGUAUUCGGUGCCCCGGCUGAACCUUACGCUUUCGAUGCAAAUUUCUAUGAUUUGCAAAAUAAACCAUGCAUUAUCAUCCAUAGUUCGGGGACCACCGGUCUCCCUAAGCCGGUGUAUCUGACAAACGGAUUCUUCAGCGUCAUUGACAAUUUUCCCAGGACGCCAACUCCACCGGGCAGACUGAACAAAUCAAUCACCUCAGUAGCGCAAGGCAGACGUCUUUUCAGCAUGGCUCCGAUGUUCCAUUUAAUGGGGCUUGUAAUUCUCUCGGGAGCCAUCUUUCACAAUACGCCCGUCGUUUUGAGCCCCGAAAGACCGAUGACCCCGGGACUCCUUAGUCAAAUUCUAGAGACUGCCCGUCCGGAAGUAGCUAUGCUCACACCAUCCGUCAUACAAGAGUUGUCCGCUUUUCAAGAAGGCUUAGAGGGGUUACAAAAGUUCAAAGCAAUAGUCUUCGGUGGAGCACCGCUUUCACCGGAGGUGGGCAACAAGCUAAAUGAAAAAGUGGCUCUCCACUCAAUCAUUGGGUCCAGUGAAGCUGGGUUCAUGGGAGCAUUGAUUUGCACGCAUAGUGAAGAUUGGGAAUACUUUGAGUGGAACCCAUACAGUGGUAUACACAUGGAGUCGGUUGAUGAUGGAGUAUUUGAGGCUGUCAUACGGAAGGACGAACAUCACGAGUUCCUCUGUAUAUUCCAUACCUAUCCUGAUAUUACUGCAUAUCGAACAAAGGAUUUGUUCACGCCACAUCCAACCAGGCCAGGACUGUGGAAAUAUCACGGUCGGCUUGACGACGUUAUUGUGCUCAGCAAUGGUGAGAAAUUUAACCCUACCGACAUGGAGAAUAUCGUGGAGAGUCAUCCCUUGGUUUCAAAAGCCAUUAUUAUUGGUCAAGGGCGAUUCCAGGCUUCAUUGCUCAUACAGCCAAACUGGGGCCAGUGGAGUGAGGAUCAAGACAAGGCGGACUUUAUCGACAGAAUAUGGCCUACAGUUGAGAGAGCAAAUGGCAUUGCUCCUGGUCAUGCCCGUGUCUUGCGUACAAAAGUUGCCCUCGCUAAGCAGGAUACACCAUUCGCGCUAACUCCCAAGGGUUCAGUCCAGAGAAGACAGAUAUCUGAAGACUACGAGACUGAAAUUAACGCUUUAUACGCCGGUGAAGAUGAGGAGUGCACUGAUGAUUUACCACAGAGCACAGAUCUUGAGGAUAUCAAGCAAUACAUCCACACAGUAGUGUCGCAGCUACUUUCUGUCGAGCGAAUCAGUGAUACUAGCGACAUAUUUUCACUGGGCAUGGAUUCACUCCAAACCUUGCAAUUGAGCAAAAUCCUGCAAACCGCUGUCCGGCACCUUUCUGCUGAUAAGAACUCUGAGCCGAUCACAAGCCAGAAGCUUUACGCUUAUCCGACUCUUGAUCAACUGUCACAAUAUGUUUAUCGGCUGUUAAAGGGCGAGACUAUGGAAGAAAAAGCGGAGGAUGAGGAAGCUACCAGACCCGGGAGAAUUGAAGGGUUAAUCAAUAAGUACACCAACGACUUAUCGCAGAGAGCAAUCACGAGCUUCAACAGGUCAACCAAAAACGCAGUUAUUCUGACCGGCUCUACUGGAUCAUUGGGCAACUAUAUCCUGAAUGAGUUACUCAGUGAUCGCGAGAUCCCUAUGAUCUACUGUCUCAAUCGGGCGGAAGAUGCAAGACAAAAGCAGAUUGCCAGCUUCAAGGAAAAAGGGUUUACAAUUCCGCACGACUUCGAUGAACGGGUCGAGUUCAUCCAUGCCCAGUUUGGAGCUCUAAACCUUGGCUUGUCCAUUGACAAAUACAACGAACUCACAAAGUCCGUGGAUCUAAUCAUCCACAAUGCAUGGAAGGUCAAUUUCAACCACAAGGUUGAGGCAUUCGAGGAUCCUCAUAUCCGAGGUAUACGUAGCCUGGUGGACUUCAGUCUACGCAGUGCCCAUUCGGCACAUAUCCACUUCAUCUCCUCGAUUUCUACCGUGAGUGCAUGGGGUCCUCAGCACGGUCCAUCCGUUCCUGAAAUCUCUCUGGAUGAUCCUGAUGUCGCCUUGCGCCAAGGGUAUGGAGAAUCUAAGUUUGUCGGCGAGCGUAUCUGUGCUAUCGCGUCGUCUAUUGCAGGGGUACCGAGCAGUAUCCAUCGAGUGGGACAAAUCGCUGGUCCAACGACGGAAAAGGGGCUGUGGAAUCGACAGGAAUGGCUACCUUCUCUGGUUGCGACAUCCAAGACGCUCGGAAAACUUCCGAAUACCCUUGGUACCAUGCCGGUUGAUUGGAUUCCUAUAGAUAUUAUGGCCAAAAUCGUGGUCGAUAUCACCAAUUCCCGACGCGCCACCGAGGAUCUCACCAGAACGGCCGCUUUCCACCUCGUCAACCCUCGAUCGUCAAGCUGGGAAUCACUUAUCCCGGCCAUCAAAAAGCAUUAUAAAGCAGAGGUUGUCGAUAUGCAUGAUUGGAUGGCCACCUUGGAGGCUUUCAGGAAUCCAACGGAUGGCGAUUUGCAAGACAAACCGGCACUCAAGAUCAUAGAUUUCUAUAAGGGACUGGCCAGCAACCAUGGUACCUUUACCAGUGUGAUGGAGACCGUGAAGACUCAAGAAGCUAGCCAGGCAAUGUGUGAUCUCGGGCCAAUCGACGGGGCUAUCAUGGAGAAUUGGAUUAAGCAAUGGCAAUUUUAA